ACAAGUACAAGUGAGGGUUGGUUAGUGAGGGGGGGUUAAUGUACAACUUUAAUAUAGUUAACCUGGUAGUGAGUGAGUGGGUAAGGGGGUUUGUUCCCUUAUUUAUCGUUGAGUAAGAUAGUGCGGAGAGAUUUGCGGGGUUCCCAGUGGAGCCGGCAUGGAGUUUGAGGAGUCGGGGAUCCGGGAGGAGUGUGGCGUGUUCGGCUGCGUCGCUGCGGGUGAGUGGCCGACUCACUUGGACGUGCCUCAUGUUAUCGCCCUCGGGCUGGUGGCACUUCAGCACAGAGGUCAAGAAAGUGCUGGAAUUGUGACAAGUAAUGGAGGCUCUCCACCAUCAUAUAUGAUGCAUAAGGGAAUGGGUCUCAUAAAUAGUACAUUCCGUGAAGAACAAAUACAAAAACUUCGCAAUGGAAACCUGGGAAUAGGACACACUCGAUAUUCUACAUCGGGUAUUUCUGAAUUGCAGAAUUGUCAACCAUUUGUAGUGGAAACUCUUCAUGGAAAGAUCGCUGUAGCUCACAAUGGAGAAUUAGUAAAUGCAAAAAAAUUAAAAAUGAAGGUAUUACGACAUGGUGUUGGAUUAUCAACUAGCUCUGACAGUGAACUUAUUAUACAACUUUUGGCUUUAACUCCUCCUAAGGAGGAAGCUGACUUACCUGACUGGGUGGCCAGGAUUAGAACUUUGAUGACUGCAACAUCUACCUCUUAUUCAAUGCUACUUAUGUACAAAGAUGUAAUUUAUGCUGUCCGUGAUCCUUAUGGGAAUCGUCCUCUAUGCCUUGGCCGCCUUGUACCAGUUUCCAAGUUGAAUAGUUCAGGAGAGGCAUACAAUGAAACAGAAACUGAAGGAUGGGUGGUUUCUUCUGAAUCGUGCAGUUUCCAGUCAAUUGGAGCCAGAUAUUAUCGUGAAAUAUUACCAGGAGAAAUUGUACAGAUCUCCAAGAAUGGUGUCCAGACACUUGACGUUGUCCCAAGGGCUGGAGGAGAUCCACCUGCUUUCUGUAUCUUUGAAUAUGUUUAUUUUGCUAGACCUGACUCUAUAUUUGAAGGACAGAUGGUAUAUACAGUCAGGCAGCGUUGUGGGCGGCAGCUUGCUAUUGAAGCACCUGUUGAUGCAGACUUGGUUAGUACGGUUCCUGAAUCUGCUACUCCAGCAGCACUUGGUUAUGCACAAGAGGCAGGACUUCCAUAUGUAGAAGUGCUCUGCAAAAACCGUUAUGUAGGUCGAACAUUCAUUGCUCCAAAUACAAGACUGCGGCAACUUGGAGUAGCACAAAAAUUUGGAGCCUUGAGUGACAACUUUGCUGGAAAGCGGAUUGUGUUAAUAGAUGAUUCAAUUGUACGUGGGAAUACAAUUUCUCCAAUUAUUAAAGUCCUGAAAGAAGCAGGUGCAAAAGAGGUACACAUCCGUGUGGCUUCACCUCCAAUAAGAUUUCCUUGUUACAUGGGAAUUAACAUUCCAACGAAAGAAGAAUUGAUUGCCAACAAACCAGAAUUUGAAGAUCUUGCAGGCUAUAUAGGAGCAAAUAGCGUGGUUUAUCUCUCUGUCGAUGGAUUGGUAUCUGCUGUACAAGAGGGAAUUAACAGCCAGCAAACAAAUUCCAUCCUAAAUAAUAGUGAAAUUGAGAAAAAAGUAUCUUCUAGGCAAACAGGUCACUGUACAGCUUGUCUUACAGGAAAAUACCCUGUGGAGCUUGAAUGGUAAAAUUACUUUGUAUAGUUUUGAGUGCUUUUAUCUAAAGGUUUUUUUUGUUAUGAUUUGAUUACAGUAUGUAAGGACAUCAUGGUGCUAUUUUCUAGUCAGCACCCAUGACUUUUUUUUUAAUCAAUUGAGUAUUUUUUUGUAUCUGCUUGGUGUUCCCAUGGAUGCAUUCUUGUGCCACCAUUAUGUACACUAUAUAUUGACUAAUCACCAUCUCCAUGCAUGAUGUUUGCUUUUCAUGGUACAUUGCGAUAAGAAUGUGUCAACUAUAGAGUUUAUUGAGAACUGUCAAAUGAAUUAUUGUUGAUGGAAACUAUUUUAACUGCAAAGGGCAAACACACUUGCAACUAUUGUCAAAAAUAUAUUGGAAAUAAUUUGAAUUAAAAAUAACUGAUGAGGUACCUUUUUAAUGUGAGCGUACUAAGCAAUGCACUGUCUUUUGAUGAUUGAUUUAUAAUUUACAUGUACAUAGUUUUAAGCAUAGUCCAGCUUUUAGCUCCUGGAUUGGGAUUGAAGUGUUUGGACUGUUCCUUGCUCUAAAACCUAACCUGUAACAAGUUCACAUUAAAACAUUAGGUCACAGUGGACAACUACUGAAAGUUUUUGAUUGCUCUUAAGUCUGGGGUUAACGAAAGAUCAGCAUCUGUGCACUCUGUUGAAGAUGUUACAGAACUGAGUAAAACAAUAAAUAUCCUUUUCAGCCCUCACUCCAGCAUUCCUGCCAUGCCAACUCAUUUGCUCCACCUGCCUCCAUGGACCAUACUUUUCAAUCCUGUGCCACAGUGCCUAAACCUCAUGGCCUAUGUACUUCAUGCCUCCUAUCCACCUCAAUUUACCACUACACUUACAAAUGAACUCACCCAGUAUCUGUCUUGCAGACCUCCAGACUCAUGCUAAGAUGAAAUUAAAUUAAAGUUGUUUAACUUUGAUUAACUCAUUUCACAAAGGAAACUCUUAACUGAUGAAACCCCAUCACUAUUUUUGUAUUCCUUUGAAUUUAAAUGCUUGUUUUUUAUAAGAGUUCCCCUUGAAAAGGUUUAUGACCAUUUGGCUGUCAGUAAAACUAUGAACUGACCAGCAACCUACUACGAUAAGUUGUGAAACAAAUCAUGUGCCACUAAUCUUGCUAUGGUAGCUCUCAGGCUUCUGUCAUAGAAAUAGUAUGUGUACUGAAAUAGUAAGCACUGAUAUUUUGUGCCACUGAUUUUUCAUUUGACACUACAGCUUGUUUUUUUUUUUCAAAUAUUUAAAGAAUAUGGAUUUUGCAUGCCUUAACAUUCCUUUGACUUCACCUGAAACCCUUUUGUGCGUAUUUAUGUCAACUUGAACCUGUCCCAAAAGGCACCUGACAGCUUCUAAGAGUGCCCCAGGACCAUAUUCAAAAGGUACCUUACUUCUCCGAACAACUUACUUAACUCUGUGAGGAAGACUGGUAGAGAAAGACCUUCCCAAACUGGUCCAAAGUGCAUAACUUGUUUUUUAGAUAUUCAACUAGCAAAACUCAGAUCAACCUAAGGCAGCUGUUUUUUUUUAAUGCAUGCAAUUGUCUGCAUAAGCUACCAUCAGUGUAAGAGAUUUUAAAAAAAACUUUCUUGGGUUUUUCCUAAAUUUUGUGUUUAGCUAUCUUUAACUGCUUUUUUUUAGCUGAAGGGCAUGAUGGUUUCUAGUAUUGUAUUAGAAGUUUGAUGAUCUGCCAUCAGCUGACAGGACCUUGGAACUAAAUUAUAUAAUUUUUGUUUAAUACAUACAAUACUUGAAGCUAUUGAGUUAUAAAUACUUGCAUUUAGAGUUUUUGAAUGUCUGAAUCUUGGACUGACUGUCUAACUUCAUGACUUUAGUCUGCAAAGGUUUAAAUUGAACAGCAUUUCAAGAUUGGAAAUGUCCUUUAAUUUUAAUCUGCUACUGAAUGUUUAUACCCAUUGUUAUGUUAUCAUAUCUUUAAUUCUCAAAUGAAAAGAAUUUUCCUUUCAUU